CCCAUUCAUAUGUAAAUGAGCCGUCAUAUAUACCUAGCACAAGCCCCCACGGAGCAGCAUUUGGGAGCCCAGUCCCUCUGCAAGCUUUGUUGGCUGCUGGGAUCGCCCGGCCAUCUGUCCCGUUAACGAGCUGUAACGGCUCUCUGGAUUACUCACCGACCUCGGCUCCAGAGGGUUUCUGGCAGCGCCUGGGUUAAACUUUAACAACAUGGCCCCCAACCGUAACAACACAAACGACACGGACCGAGGUGAUAACUGCACUGGAAUCAAAUCUGAAAGAAAGAUGAGGAAACCUCUGGUGGAGAAGAAAAGGAGGGCUCGCAUCAAUGAAAGUUUACAAGAACUCAGAGUCCUCAUGGCGGAUUCAGACUUACAAUCAAAGAUGGAGAAUGCCGAAGUGCUGGAGAUGACAGUGAAACGGGUGGAGAGCGUCCUCCAAAACCAGGCGCAAGAAGUGGACGCCGUGAACCGGGAGGCUUGUGAGCGUUUCGCCGCAGGCUACAUUCAGUGUAUGCACGACGUGCACACUUUUGUGUCCAGCUGCCCAGGGAUUGAUCCAACAGUAGCCGCAGAGCUGUUGAACCACCUCCUAGAGAGCAUGCCCCUGAACGACGAGGACCGCCUCCGCGUGAUGCUGCCGGACACGAUGUCAGAGAGUCCCGGCAGUAACAGCAGCACUUGGUCCCCGUCUGAGAGCAUGUACUCGGCCCUGGUGUCCCCGACCACCUCCUCUGAUGACCUCUGCUCCGACCUGGAUGAGACCACAGACUCGGAGCAGAGUCAUGUUUCUUCAGAGGAGGAGGCUGACAGCCAGGAUGUGUUGAGCUUGCCUGUCAUUUGUAACUCCAAGUCAAUGUGGAGGCCAUGGUAGAUCAGUAAAAAAGGAAUAGCAUGUUUUGCAACACUAGAUGUUUUUUGUUAGGAUGUUUUGUGUGGUAGAACUCAGUAAAACCCUGCUGAGAUGACAACUUUGAAACUUGUUGAGAGGCAUCUAAGAAGCUCUUCUUCAUUAUUGCGGGAUUACAAUUAAACUAAAUUGUAUUUAAUGAAUAAAGUAUGUAAUUAAGUCUGUUUUGCAGAGGUCAGAGACUUGUAGGGUCUUCAUUUGGAAGUGUAUUGGCCUUGUUGGGCCUGCCUUCAGUGAAGGGGUAAAUGUAUAUGUAAAUAUUUACAUGUUGAAUAUGAAUCGGCUGUAUAGAAGAUAGCUUUCCCACUAAAAAUGCUUUGAUAGUUGUGUGUAAAUUAUUUUGUAUUUAGCGUGUCUUUUUAACUUUGUAUUUAUAAAUGUCCAAUCACUUUUAGUAGGCUACCUCAUCUGAUUGCCUAAGUUUCAACUUUUCAAUAAAUAUCUUUUUGACAACUUC